ACUCUCUCACAUGCGUUCACACAUGCUUCCCACCUCAUCACUCCAUCCAUGCCUCAUGCCUCCUAAAACCAACCCACUUGCAGCAGUCUAGUUCACAUGGUGCAGACCCCUACCCGCAACCCCCCACCCCCCCCAUUAGUCCAGGUAUCUCCCCCCCUUUUCCCCCCCCCAAGGUUAAGCCUACCCCUAUAGUUACUAAAUACCCCCCUCCCUAAGUACCCCCCUCCCUAAGUAUCCCCCUCCCUAUGGCCCUGGGGUCUGCAUCACGUGCCUUCCUAGUGCUUCUCCAGUGGUCCCUUGCUGCCACCCCACCCAUGCCCACCUCUCAUGCUUCCACCCUAAGCUGCCUACUCACUGCUCUCCAGUUUUCUCCUUGCAGGUUGAGGGGAUCAACAGCGCCACUCCCCUGCACCCCUCCCCGGUGGCCAUGCAGGGAGGGAGCUGGGAGCAAUGCUGCCGUUGCUCUGCACACGGGAAGCUGGGAGGAAUGCUGCCAUGAGGGAGAGUAUCUGGAGUGGGGUUGGCCUCUCAAGGUAAGCGUCUAUUCACCAACCCCUCCUGCUGCUGCAAGUGGUGCCUGUUCACUGUCCUUCCAGUUCGUGCAUGCGCUGUUCACUGUCCUUUCUUUUUCACCCAAUGCUUUGUCCGGUACUAACUUGUUUUCUGUCUGCCUGCCCUUCUGCCCCCACCAGAUCACUUGGCAUCAGCUGAAGACUGCAGCAGAGGAAGCUGAGCAGCUGACAGCAGCAGCAGCAGCAGCAGCACUAGCAGCAGCAGAAGCAGCAGUGCGGGUUGGGUGGUUAGCGGGCAGGCUAGGACUAGGAGUGAGUGAGUGAGCAGCAUCAUGAGGAAAGGAAGGUGCAGUUCAGUUCCCGAUGUCACCUUCCCCUUCCCCCUUCCUUGGAGCAAGGGCAGGAGAAUGGCGCCCACCCUCUCUCUCACCUCCUCUCCUCUCCCUUUCCCCUUUUCCAGCAGCAUCGCCUUGAGGAAAGGAAGGUGCAGUCUCCACCCUCACUCCCCCACCCCCCCACUAGCAGGUUGCGCCGCAACAGCAUACUCCAUUUGGCUAUGUGGAAAGUGUGUGGCACGGCAGUCGUUCCUCAAGUACCAACACUGGCGUAUCGUAUAAUGGAACCGGCCAGAGCCGUGCGCGCCGGCUCUGGAUGGGAGUCCCCUCCUACGACGCUUUCGUACGCGGGAUUUGAGUCUUGGGCCGCCCGUGCACUUUCCACUGCCACUCUUUCCCCCACAAGGCGGAGCCAUGGGGGGUGUUGCUUCCGAAGGGGAUGGAGGGGGAUGAGAUGGGGGGCUGAAUCCCCCGGGGUUUAAAACCCACCCAAGGGAGUGUGGAAAAGAAGGGUUGAGCCUAGAGCUCCACAUGAUAGGUGAGGCAAAUGAUGAUGCUGCCCCACGUGUUGCCUGAUGCAAUAAGCCCCAUCCUUGGGCUCUUUGGUUCAACCCUUUUCAGUGUGAGGCAAGGGAGGAGGGGGCUUCAGACCCCAAGUUACAUGGUGAGGCAUGGGAGGGGGGUUCAGACCCCAAGUUACAAGAUGAGGCAUGGGAGGGGGGUUUCAGACCCCAAGUUACAAGGCGAGGCAUGGGAGGGGGUUUCAGACCCCAAGGUACAAGGUUAGGCAAGGGAGGGGGUUUCAGACCCCAAGUUACAAGGUGAGACAAGGGAGGGGGUUUCAGACCCCAAGUUACAAGGUUAGGCAAGGGAGGGGGUUUCAGACCCCAAGUCACAAGAGUGAGGUUAGGAGGGUGUUUCAGUCUUCCACAGUAGGUGCGUUGGAGGAAGGAUGGGCUUCAGGCUUCAACUCACGCCCCGACUGUAAGGUGAGGGGAAGGGUGGGCUUCAGGCUUCAACUCACGCCUCCACUGUUAGUUGAGUGGGAAGGGCGGGCUUCAGACGUCAACUCACACCCCGACUAUAAGUUGAGUGGAAAAGGUGGGCUUCAGACGUCAACUCACACCCCGACUUUAAGUUGAGUGGGAAGGGUGGGCUUCAGACUUCAACUCACACCCUGACUUGGAGGGUCCGGCGUUGUCAGGGAUCAGGUGUCAGGGAUCAGGUGUCAGGGAUCAGGUGUCAGGGAUCAGGUGUCAGGGAUCAGGUGUCAGGGAUCAGGUGCGCACCAUUAAGCGUUAGGGUGGGCAGCAGCGGAGGCUGACUGGGACAGGCCCCAAAUCAGACCUUCAUCAGUGCCGGCGGUGUAAGGGAUCUGAUGCGCUGCAGGACUGAGCAGAGAACCGGAACUGAGAACCGGAACUGAGAACCGGA